AUGCCUGCUACACCCAACUCCAUCAAGUUGAUAGGCGGGAACUCGCACCCUGAGUUGUGUGAAAAGGUGUCCAAGAAACUUGGUCUAAGUUUGGCCAAGGUAGGAGCUUUCCAGUACACCAAUAAGGAAACAGCUGUAGCAGUAGGAGAAUCUGUCAGAGAUGAAGAUGUCUAUAUUAUCCAGACUGGAUGUGGAGAACAAGACAUCAACGACUUUGUCAUGGAGCUCUUGAUCAUAAUCAAUGCCUGUAAAAUAGCCAGUGCCAGAAGAAUCACAGCAGUGGUUCCCAACUUUCCCUAUGCUAGACAAGACAAGAAGGAUAAGCUGAGAGCACCCAUUACGGCCAAGUUGAUGGCGAACUUGUUGCAAACGGCCGGUUGUAACCAUGUUAUCACCAUGGAUUUACACGCUUCACAGAUUCAGGGCUUUUUCCGUGUCCCCGUAGACAACUUGUAUGCUGAACCUCUGGUGUUGAGAUAUAUCACCAACAACUUUGACAAAAAGGACUUAAUUAUCGUAUCACCAGAUGCGGGAGGAGCCAAAAGAGUAGCGUCCAUAGCUGACAAGUUGGAUGUCCAGUUUGCUUUGAUCCACAAGGAAAGGCAGAAAGCCAACGAAGUGUCAAGAAUGGUGCUUGUGGGAGACGUCUCAGACAAGGUGUGUAUCUUGAUAGAUGAUAUGGCCGAUACCUGUGGAACAUUAUGUAAGGCUGCAGACAUCUUGCUCGACAAUGGUGCUCAGAAGGUUGUAGCCAUGGUCACACACGGUAUCAUGUCGUCAAAUGCUACAGAAAAGUUGAACAACUCCAAGUUGGACCGGAUCGUAUGUACUAAUUCCCUACCAUUGAAUGAUAAGCUUGCCCAGUGUCCCAAGCUAGAAGUGAUUGAUAUCGCUCCUACUUUGGCUGAGGCUAUCAGGAGACUUCACAACGGUGAAAGUGUCAGCUAUUUAUUCAACAACAUCCCCGAGUAG